ACACCUUUGUACUAUCGUCAGAUGAAUACAAAUCAGCCACGGUAUCGGAAGUCUUAAAAAGAGAUCACUAGAAGGCCGCUUCAGAAAAGAAUUGUUCAGCGAUACUCGAGUCCAUUCUUCAAGAGAGAGUUGCGCCUCCAGUACAGUAAUCUCGGUUUUAGCUGUUACAUACUUGAGUAACGGCUGUACCAGAUUAGGUCUUGUGAAAUUGUGCCACGGAUUUAUAUAAUUCUGGAAAAUGAAGAUUGUUCUGGCGGUUUUGUGUGUGGUUUCUUACGUUUUGGCCACCGAAGUUAGGCAGUGCCCGAAUUUGGGUAGAACUAUCGAUGAUUUGAGCAACCGUGUACAAAUUGGAAACUGCAAAAAACCGCCUUGCAGGCUUAGGAAAGACACUAACGUGGCAGUGCAGAUAAAAUUCAAACCAGAUCGAGAUAUCAAAUCCCUGAAGACCACAGUAAACGCCAAUAUUCUAGGAAUUGAAUUUCCAUUCGUUGGUGUAGACGGUACAAGUGCAUGUAAAGACAUUUACAAAGAGGAUGGAAAGACCAAAGUCAACUGUGAUCUGAAGGCUGGGGAAGAAUACUACUUUAAAUCAAAAAUAGAAGUUCUGAAGGUUUAUCCGAGGUUGAAGACCGUUGUGCACUGGGCGCUUACUGAUGAUGAAGGAAAGGACGUCACUUGUUUCGAAGUUCCAGCGAGAAUAAC